GUGGUUGGAGGAAAGAUGAUGGAUUCUGGUCGACUUUGUGCUUUCAUCACUAAAGUGAAGAGAGGAAGUCUAGCAGAUACUGUUGGUCACCUUCGACCAGGAGAUCAGGUUCUUGAAUGGAAUGGGAGGGUCCUACAAGGAGCAACAUUCAAGGAAGUUUAUAAUGUCAUUCUAGAAUCCAAGCCAGACCCCCAAGUGGAGCUGGUUGUGUCCCGUCCCAUACGAGAUUUUCCCAGUAUCUCAGAGAGCACACAUGGACAACUGGAAUCAAGUUCGAGUUUAUUUGAAUCCCAGAAGAUGGGUCGAGCGAUAUCCGUCACGUCCCCCAUGAGUCCCGGGAUGCUCCGCUACUCCCCACAGUGCCUGUCUGGACACGUCUCAGUCAAACUGUGGUACGACAAGGUGGGUCACCAGCUCAUAGUCACCAUCCUGGGAGCUAAAGAAUUUCCUUCCAGGGAAGACGGCCGGCCCAGGAACCCCUAUGUUAAAAUAUACCUCCUCCCCGACAGAAGUGACAAAAGCAAAAGGAGAACGAAAACUGUGAAGAAGUCCCUGGAGCCUAAAUGGAACCAGACGUUCAUGUACAUGCCUGUCCACUGGAGGGAGUUUAGAGAGCGCAUGCUGGAGAUCACUCUGUGGGACCAGGCCAGGGUCAGAGAGGAUGAGAGUGAAUUCAUGGGAGGGAUCCUCAUAAACCUGGAGACAGCCCUGAUGGACGACACAGCCCACUGGUACAAGUUGCAAACCCACGAUGUAUCCUUCCUGGCAAUGCCCAACCCCUCACCCUACACGCAGAGGAAACUGCUGCCGGGAGAGAGCCCCACUAGAAGGUUACAGAUGUCCCAGAGAAUUAUUGACAGUGAGUUCUCUGAUUUUGACUGCGAGGACGGGAUCGGUGUCAUAGCAGACUACAGACACAACGGCAGGGACUUCCAGAGCUCCACGCUGUCUGUUCCAGAACAGGUCAUGUCCUCCAACUACACCUCCCACUCUGACAUGGCCAGGACCUGGUCACGGUCGCCAAGUCUUCCCCCUCCACAGAGUCGGAGUUUGGACCACGGCAUGCGAGGGGGACCGCUUUCUUUUAGCUCAGGUCGGAUGGACCGGCAUCGCUUGUCUGAAGACUGCUACUCACCAGACAGAGAUAGGUAGGAGAUGAACACUUACUUGGUCCAAACCAGCACAACCGGUUCCCCAGUGUCUCAUCAAAGAGGACGACAGUUACCCAACGUCCCACCCAAGGGCUCGCUGGAUCGAA